GGGUUUGAGAGAGGAAGAAGGGAGGAGAGAGAGAGAGAGAGAGAAUUAACGAAUAAUUUCACAUAAAGCCGAAGAAGGAAGCAGUUUUUCUAAAACCCAGAUCUGGGUUUGAGAGAGGAAGAAGGGAGGAGAGAGAGAGAGAGAGAGAGAGAAAGAAUAAGAAGAAGAAAGAAGAAGGAUGAGCAGGGAAAGAAAAGGAGGAAGAAGAUAAAGCUUGAGAGAGAACCCAAAUAUGGGUUUGUAGAGGUUGGGUGUUUUUAAACUGGUUUUUGAGUCUGAAAAGAACUUGGUAUAUAUCUCUAAAGCGUAAUUAAUGAGUUCAGGGGAGUUGAGGAGACGGCUCCAUCAUGGGGACGUUGAUGGUAGAAAGCAUGAGCAUUAUGAGGCAUCUAAAUUUGGUGGUUCUGAUGAGCCCCUGUUAGGGCGUGGUGAAUAUGAUGACAAUCAUCCGCGUAAGCCAGAGGACAUUUGGGCUGAGGAGAGGAGGAAGGAGCAUCUACACUGGACACUUUUGUUCUCUCAGUUGACUGCACAAUGGGCACAAUGGUUAGGUGUGCUGUACUGAUAAUCAUUGUUUUCAAUGACUUGUAUUGUUUGGGAAAAAUGCAGCAAUGUUUCUUAAACAGAUUUGUGCCAUGUGAUCCUUGAGCUCCCUAAAUGAGUGAAACAUGGUUCAAGCGAGUGCUGUUUAUGAGUCACUAAUAAAGUCUUGUUAGCCAC